AUGAUUCUUCUUAUUGAUUCAUACGAUUCUUUUACUAAUAAUCUUGCACAUUUAUUAAAAGAAAGUACUGGGCAAGAAGUAAUAACUAUUCAUAAUGAUUCAUUCACCCCUAAUGAAUAUGAAACUUUUUAUAGUCAAUAUCUUCCAUUAUUUCAAUUCAUAGUUAUUGGUCCAGGACCAGGUCAUCCAGCAAUUAAAUCGGAUAUUGGAAUAAUCAGCUGGUUAAUUAAAAAAUUUCAACAACAAGAUCAAAAAGAGGGUGUUGAUAAUGUUGUGGUACCAAUUUUAGGAAUUUGUCUUGGAUUUCAAAGUUUAUGUUAUGAAUUUGGUAAUGAAGUAUCAAGAUUACAAAAAGUUAAACAUGGUCAAAUAUAUGAUAUUUAUCCUGUUAGUAAAAAUGAAUUAUUUCCUGAUGGUGAAUCAUUUGGAAGUGUUAGAUAUCAUUCAUUAUUUGUUGAGGAGAAUAUUAAUGGGGAAAUUAUCCCACUAGCAUAUUGUUAUGAACCAUUGGGGAACGAUAAGGGGAACAAUGGUGAUAAUAAAAUUUUGAUGGCGAUGAAACAUAAAAAAUUCCCAUUUUAUGGAGUUCAAUAUCAUCCGGAAUCUAUAUGUUCAUCUAAAGGUUCAGAUUUGAUUAAAAAUUUUAGUAAUAUAGCCAAGCAAUACAAUGAGACGUAUAGAAGAAAUGCAUUUAAACAAAACAAAAUAUCAAAUUGGUUAGAUAAUCAUGCAGUUCAUGAAGAUUAUUUAAUUAAAGAUGGUAAAUUUAUUUCAAAUGAUUUACAUAAUAUUCAUUUCGAGAAAUUACAAUUGGAUAAAGAAAUAUUACCCAUUGAUGUAUGUGAUUAUUUUUACCAUCAAAAGAAUAAUGAUAAUUGCGAUUUCAUAUUAUUAAAUUCAGCAUCAAUACCUGGUGAAUGGUCAAUUAUUGGAUUACCAACUAUGGGGAAAAGUGAGAUUAUUACUCAUUCAGUAGAUGAUGAGAAUCAUAUUUAUUUAUCACAAUUUGGAUCUAAAACUAUUGAAAAACAAAAGCUAGAUGAUUCCCAAACAGUUUGGAAUUUCAUUGCUAACCGAAUGCAAAAUGCAUAUAUAUCACGUGAAACAAUAAAACUGAGAAUAGGAAAUGAUUAUGGCGAUCGUGAAUUACCAUUUUGGGGAGGAUAUAUGGGUUUAGUUUCAUAUGAAGAAGGUCAACAUGUGAUAAUCAACAAGGUAUCCAAUAUUUGCAGAAGUGAAACAACCACUCCAGAUUUAAAAAUGAUAUUUAUUUCCAGGUUCAUAGCCUUUGAUCACGUGACAAAGAAUUGGUUUGUUGUGGCUAUUAAUGACAGUGAUAAUAGUAGUUGGGGGCAAGAGAUCAUAAUUGAUUUACAUAAAGUUGGCAAAAUCAACCUUGCUAAUAUUCCAGAUUCUGUCAACAAGUUAGCUGCAGAAGGGGAUCUGGAUUUAAUUGAUUUUGAAUUACCAAGUCGUGAUAUUUAUAAGAAACAAUUUAAUCAAUGUCAAGAAUAUCUUCAUUCGGGAGAUUCUUAUGAAUUAUGUCUCACGACGCAACUGAAAAUCCAUUUACCCCGGUAUAUAAAGCCAUGGGAUAUAUAUAAAGUAUUGACUCUUCAUAAGAAUCCUUCACCAUUUUCAUGUUUUAUGGAUUUUGAUGAUUGCUGUUUGAUAUCGUCAUCUCCAGAAAGAUUUUUAUCCUGGAAAGAUGAUGACACCCAAGGUACUGGUGGUGGUGGUGGUAACAAAAUUGUUCAACUUAGACCUAUCAAGGGGACAGUUAAAAACACUGAUGAAGUGACACAUGAAAUGGCUACCAAGAUACUUAAAACACCGAAAGAAAUGGGGGAAAAUCUUAUGAUUGUUGAUUUGAUUAGACAUGAUUUAUAUCAAUUUACUGAUGAUGUUGAAGUUUCACAAUUAAUGGCGGUUGAAGAAUACAAGACAGUUUUCCAAUUGGUUAGUGUUAUCCAGGGGAAACUUUAUAAACAAGGAUAUCAUGGAAUUGAUCUUUUACAUAGAUCAUUACCACCAGGAUCAAUGACUGGUGCACCAAAGAAAAGAUCAGUAGAAUUAUUACAAGAUAUCGAAGCGAUGCAAAAAAAUUUUGUUGGAGGUAGAAGAGGCAUUUAUAGUGGAGUUGUUGGAUAUUGGUCAAUAACUGAUGAUUCUGAUUGGUCAGUUAUUAUAAGAUCAGUGUUCCAUUAUUAUAAUGAUAAGGAAAAUAAUUCCACAACCAAGCUUUGGAGAAUUGGAGCUGGUGGGGCAAUCACGGUUUUAAGUGAUGUAGAUGAUGAAUGGGAGGAAAUGAUGUUAAAGUUGACUAGUGCAUUACAAGCAUUCAAAUAG